AUGACUCUCAGUUCUGGGAGAAAGGUCAACAGUGCCUCAGCAGUAGAAGCUCAAAAGAAAAUAGCAAAUGUGCAAGAACUAGGUCCCCCGAAAGAAAGCAAAAAAUCUCCCUCGUAUGGCGCAUAUCAAAAUGAUCAAGAGAAACAAACUAGGCUGAGAAGAAAUACGAUGCAGUUUCCGGUCCCUCCCCUGUCUACUUCUCCAGAACCAGCGGUCAUAAGACUCAAGAGCGUCGAUCGAUUUUACUCAGGGAAUCUACAAGCAAGUGAGCCGCAGGUCAUUCACUCUAGCUACCCUGAAGAGAGAUCCACUUCUCUGGAACCCGAAUCAAUUGGAAUCCGUAGAAUGGAGCACAUAGAGGGCUCUAAUCUUAUUGUUUUGUCCAGUGCAUCUUCAACCAACUUGCUAUCGCAGUUUGAUCCCUAUGAACAAAUUGUCAGAGAAGGAGAUUCGGGGAUGUCAGCUAGCGUUUCUGGUCCCCUUGACUCGGAUGACCUGAAAGGCGAGCAAGCUUCCAAGCUUUCAGUACCGAAAGUGAGAAGUCCGGAUAAUGACAGCCCCGGUGACCGGCGAAGCGACUGGUCUGAAGGACAAAAUCUUAUUCAAAAAUUUGGAUAUCUAUCGCCAAACGAGAUAGAGGCAUCAGUCAAGAGCCAAAAUGAAAAAGAAUCAGUGACCGAUGUCGAAACUGAAACAUUGCGCUCCUACAAUAGAUACAUGACAAUCAAGGAACAUAGGCUUUUUGAAGGUGAGGAUAGAGAGAAUGCCAUAAACUCUGCUGCUUCUAUUACAGGGAUGUCCAGUAAAAAAGGAUCUCUGUCUCAACCAUGGGCCUUUGGAGAUGUCGAUGCACUUGAAAGAGCCAGUGUCAAAAGCUCGAAGUCCGAAUUCUCCUUCAGCAGAGCAAGUGUGCGGAAGUACACUGGAGGAUCGACAAGGAAAACCAUGGUUGAUUCUGAAGACCGCAAGAAAUCAGUGGAGUUCAAAGAUACAGAACAGGAAGAGUUGGCUAGUUCCGAGGCGGUAUAUCAGUACCGUCUCACGAUGUCUCCCUGGAUUGGAAUUUUCUUGGCCUUCGUUUUUAUCCUUUUACUUAUAUAUGCAACUUUGGUGUCCAUCAAAGCGUGGUCUCCUUCCAAAGUGGGACGAGAGCAAGUGGCUCAAUAUUUUCAGACGUUGGAUGAACAGGAGAGAUAUCCGGAAGUCACUAGCAUUUUCGAUGAUUUCAAUCUCGGCAAAGGCAAGCUCUCAGAGAGCUUUUUCUUUCGUAACAACAAUACCCUUCAAAAUAACGACACUCAGAUUGAUCACUCGAUGGUUAAUUCAUUCAAAGGCAUCAGCAGCAAAUACAAGGGCGAUUAUGAGAUAAGGGCCCUGAUGGAGGAUGACAGAUUGAAGCAAUCCUUUUAUGGUCUAUCUUACGCCCCAAGAGGGGUAAUCGAGCCGAUGUGUCAAGUAACAGAAAGAGAUGUUUUAUUGGAUGUCGCGCUAUUGUCAAGAGUCACGACUAGAGUCAGAACCUAUGGAACGCAAUGCCGUCAGGCCGAACUUAUCCUGAAAGCUUUUCAGGAGCUUGAUUUGAACAUGACAAUUGCUCUUGGAGUGUGGAUUGGAGAAGACGACCAUUCGAACUGGAAACAGAUGAAUGAAAUGAAGUGGUUGCUUAGCAAUUUCCCGAAACGCUACUUUAACUCAAUUAUCAUUGGAAAUGAAGUACUCUUCAGAGAAGACAAAACCGUGAGAGAGCUAAUAUCGUACGUGGAAGAAGCAAGAACUUAUACAAAGUCCAUUGGAUGCGGUGACAUUCCAAUUGGGACCUCUGAGUUGGGAUCCCAAGUCAAACGUGAAAUGGUUGAAACGUGCGACUUCAUCGGUGCUAACAUUCAUCCUUUCUUUGGAGGCGAAGCAGUAAAAGCAGGAGUACAAUGGACAACAGAUUUCCUUGAGCAACAGGUGUUGCCAUUUGUCCAUAAUAUACGGCCAGAAGUUCAGGUCGUCGUUACGGAAGUUGGCUGGCCGAGUGGUGGCGGGCAGUACAUGGCUUCAGUUGCUGGGAAAAAGGAAAUGCAGCAAUUCCUUGAAUCAUGGGCAUGUUCACCCAUGACACAAAAGUUCGCAUGGUACUAUUUCGAAGCCUUUGAUGAGCCGUGGAAGAAAGUGUGGCAUGAAGAAGGUAGUAAAUGGGAAACCCAAUGGGGAUUCUUCACCCAUGACCGGAAGCUGAAAGAAGCAAUUAAGCUUCCUGAAUGCGUAGAUACCGUCAACUUUUCCAAUGGUCUUGGGAAGAAUGUUAGCAGAGUCCAAUGA